GGUGUGCGUGGGGGUGAUUGAUUAUUGUUCCAUUGUCGAUACUAUCAAGCAUCGAUGGCUACGUGGGUUGCACCUGAGAACGGAUACAGUAUUAUAAGGCAACUUUCCAUCUUCAACGUUUGUUGUUGGGCCAAUCCUUUUGUCACCGUCGACAGCACGCCAGGUUGGCGUGGCCUUCAAAGCUAGCCCCGGUGCCACUAUACAACUGUACAACAUGCACAGAUCACCGCAGCACAACCACUGCAUGUGAUGAAUGAGUGACUGCAGAAUUCCGGUCGCAUGCGUCAUCGUUCGACAGCGAGGGUUUCGUGGCUAUAUAAAACGUACACACUGACUAUCCCCACACAAAACUGCCUGUGUCAACGGACCUAAGCACUUAGGCAAACUACAGAAAUAUCAGCUUCAUUAGCUCAGAAACUAGUAAUUUUACCCUUGUCGUCAAGUGCCUUUUUCCUGCAUAGACGGUGUAGGGCCGACCGGUUCAAGAUGUCGAGAGGUAUCAACGAGAACCUAUGGCGGGCGGUCUGGGUCGUGUUUUGUGCAGCUCUCGUUACAAGCUUCCCCACGAUCUCUGACGACCCCGAAGUUGCCGAGGCGACAUUUAGAUACUUGACGUCCUACGGUUACAUGAAUCCCCCGGCGUCGGAAGAGGGCGACAUUGCCACUAUCACCGACGUCGAGUCUGCCAUCCGCCGCGUCCAGUACUUUGCCAACCUGCCAGAGACAGGCACGGUGGACGCCGCCACGCUGGAGGUGAUGAAGGGGCCGCGUUGCGGCGUGCCGGACCCAGUGGGCCGUAGCGUGAACGGCACGGUGCUUGGCGGGAGGCUCAGACGGUACGCUCACACUGGGGGAAAGUGGAACAAAAGAGAUCUGACCUACAGAAUCCUCAACAGCCCUCCGGAGCUGUCUUACAGUCAGGUGGUGGAGACGAUCCGGGAGGCCUUCAAGCUGUGGAGCGACAUCACCCCGCUGAGCUUUUACGAAGUGACGGGGGCGAACUACGCCGAUAUAUAUCUGCGCUUCGCCCCCUACAACCACGGCGAUCAGUUCCCCUUUGACGGGCCCGGGGGCACCCUGGCCCAUGCCUACCCGCCGCUCAGCGGCUUUGGAGACCUGGACGGUGACGUGCAUUUUGACGACUCUGAAACGUUUACCAUCGGCACGUACGACGGCGUGAAUCUUCUCCAAGUCGCAGCACACGAGAUAGGCCACAGCCUGGGCUUGUCGCACUCGUCCGUGCAGGGCGCCCUCAUGCAGCCCUUCUUCCCCGGUUACGACCCCAACUUUAAGCUGCACUAUGACGACAUCCUGGGCAUUCAGACGAUCUACGGAUCAGGAGGUCCUCAGCCUGGACCGAACCCGGACCCGACCUACCGGCCGGUACCCGAUCCCACCGAGGUCCCAGUCACCGUGCCCAAGCCCGACAGGGACACCUGCAACAAGGCCUUCACGACUAUGACACUCAUCAGGGGAGAGAUCUUCGGUUUCAGGGGCGCUCGAUACUGGCGAAUCGCCCGUGAAGGCCAGCUCAUCUCCAGUCCCGAGGGGGACAAGAACAAGUAUUUCUGGGUCGGUCUCCCGCCCAGGAUCGACGCCGGCUACGAGAGAUGGCACGACCAGAAAACGCUGUUUUUCAAAGGAAACCAGCACUGGCUGUUUGACGGUAUCACAUUACAAGACGGCUACCCGCGCCUCAUCAGUGACCUCUCACGCGACCUUCCAGUCGACAUUGACGCGGCCAUGACGUGGAAGGAAUAUAGCAAAACUUACUUUUUCAAGGGCGACAUGGUGUGGAGGUUUGACGAAGCCACGCAGACGGUAGACCCUAACUGGCCGUAUCGUAUCAAAGAUAUCUUCCCUGGUGUCCCGAGCAACCUGGGCUCCGCAUUCCGGGGACGAGACGGCAACGGCUACUUCAUCCGCGGACGCAAGUACUGGCGCUACAACGACACGGCCAGGGCGGUGGACCCGGGAUUCCCGCGCUACUUCGGGUCGGACUUCCUCAACUGUAACCUGGAGGCGAUCAUGGAAGACGAGGCCAGGGAGGCCGCGGAACAGCCGAACGGAGCGGUGGGGAUGAAGGGGGUGACGGGCGCCCUCACCGUCGUGGGACUGGCUGUGGCCUGGUUAAUGAGCUUGUGAAGCAACUUUAGUGUGUCCGCCCGUAAACUGGAAUUCAAAAUGCUGAUUGUGACUCGGGUCUUUUGAAAAGUUAUUUAGCCACGAUCCGUUUCUGAUUAGUUAUUUUGUAAACAGCCCGUGGUAUUUUAAUACCACCACCAAACUGAUUCAGAUGAGGACCUGAUCGUAAAUUAUGUUGAAAUAAUAGUAAGAACCCGUAAUGGCUUAGGCUUUCCGUAAACAGCGCCCCAAGCGUCUUCCAAAAUAGACAGUACUGCGUGUGAGUGGGAGGCCCUUUUUUAUGUACCUCAAAGUUAUGGCUGGCAAAUGGCUAGCAAGUACAGCAUUGAAUUGAGUGACAAAUGUAAAUCGUGGGGUUGUAUAUGAACAUCCUUCAUUUCGGAUGAAAUAUAGGCGGGGCUGACUUGAUACUGGGGCCAAAAUGGCGUUCGUAUCAAUACUGUGUAAAAUGGUGUCUGUGAAUAAUUAAGUGAGGAAAGUACAAUUCACUUUUCCAGUCAAGCGAUUCUUAAGUUAAUUUUGAGAGAGUUUAAAUUAUUUGAGUACUAAAAUGCUUCCACAUUGCGAAGCCCGUGUAUUUAAUAUGAUUUGAAACUGUUCUCGACGGUUCUCGUUUUAGACAUCUCGCGGGCGAGAUGGUCUUUACGUGUGUAAAUAAUGGCUUCCUGUGUUAUGGGGAAGAAGCAUUGUUACCGUAUCAGUGUGUUUGAUAAACUGUAUGUGUUUACCCUAAUAAACAGCUUUUCUAAGAAAAUAA